GUGACUGGGACGGAGCCCAGACAGAGAGACCAAUGUGGCAGCAGUCUCCAUCAGCUCCUCAUGGUCUACAAGUUCUGCCAGCUCCUGUGACACAGAGUUUGACCCCGCCCAGCAUGCAAGGCCUGUCACAGCAGGCUGUGCAUAAGCCGACUCCAGCAGUCAUGGUGCCGGAAUUUCCUCCAGCCUCUUCUCCGCCUUGGCAGCCGGUCGAGCCCGAGAUCACGCUGCGACCGUCUUCGCAGAGCUUCUCUGAGCCAUCAGAGUACCCCCACCCUCAUCAGGUGCCUUUACCCAGUCAGGUCCUUCCCCAUGCGACAACGCUGGCACCGCCAACUCCGCCGCAAUUAUUGGAGGCCCAUCGCUUCAUGCAG